AGAGACUUUCUGCAUUUGCGAAAUACAAUGUAUUGUACGUCUGAUGAUGUGUAAGAUGUAAGGAGAACACUCAGGGGUUCUAAUAGUUUGCUAAUUGUAAGAAGGUAGUCUAUCGUAGUGUUGCUUUCUUUAUGGUUCUGAGGAUAUGCUAACAGAUGUUCAUGCAUCCACUUCUUUAUGGUUAUUUUGGGUUUUCAGAUUUCUACAGUAGUGCCCAAUUCUUGAAUUUUCAGCAGUUUGUAUGUAGUGUUGGUGAUUAUAAUCUUUCAGUUACCGCUUCUCAACUGUACGGGACAAGUAAACCACAUAUAUCCCGCGUGUAAGCAGGCUUAGGGUUUCAAGAUUGCUAAUCAAACUUUUGAGCUGCUCGUACAUAGCAUGAGGUCUUCCCCACUGGUGAGGGCCCAUCCGCCAGAUUCUCAGUAUCUCAGUAUCUGGGGAUUUUUUAGAUCCACACCAGAGAGGUGUUCUUGUAUUUAUAGGUGGUUGUGAUGAGAACCUACAACCCUUGGAGGACGUGCAUUAUCUACAUACAGGCAUUGCUAGGGAGGAUGAACCUAAUAUAACAAGGAUAGCAAAAUUGUCUGUGAUGGAGCAGUUGCAUUUGAAAUUCCAGAAGCAAUACAAUAAUGCUCUCUUUAGAUUUUGUGUUAAUGCUAGAGGGAAGAUCUUGUUGAAUGAGGUUUCUCUGGUAGAAAUAUCUCAUAAGCACCUAAACCUCAAGGAUGCCAUAGAUUCCCUGAUGAAACGAAGAAUCACUCUUGUCAUCGAUCGUAGGCUUUCAAUAGUCAAGAGUGUAAACACUGUAGUCGUUGCUUCGGAUGGUCAAAUAGUCGAAAGUCGCAUACAUGAAUGGCAAUUUAUCCAAAAAUGCAAUGAAUGCUAAAUAAACUAAUAAUGGAAGCAGAGAACUUUUGAAACUGCCCAGGAAAAUAGAGACCACAAACUAGCUGAUAUUGAAAAUGAUUUGCACCGGUCGAAGAUAAAUAAACUUCAAUCUUUGCAGAUUCAUUUAUUUAUAUCUUUAUUAGGAUGAUCUUUACAUCAAUGUAUUGUUGUUGUUGUCUUCUACCAUUACUAUAUAAUUGAGACUCUCAGUUGCAUAGUUGCAUUGCUCAGAACCCUUUCAUGAAUUAUGUUGAUUGAAUUUAAACCAAAAAUUUCAUUUUUGACCCUUCUGUUGGGCCCGUGCUUGCACGGACAUAUCAUAUUUUUUACUAUAUAGAAAUGUGACCAUUGGGAUGACCAAGGGUAUGGCCGUAAAUAUGCUAACUUUCAAGGGUAAAAUGAUAAGCUUCUUUUUAAAACCAAACUACAGCUUUCCUUUCCAUUCUAGAUAUUUCUCUUUCUCUCUCUCGCCGCAGUCCAUCUUUUGGAGUCUAUCUGAAUCUGAAUUCGAAUUUGAUUAUUCUAUUGGAGUUGAUAAAAUUGGGAGUGUUCAUAAAGAAAUUCGGCCUAUAUUCCAUGUUCAGAUUCUACUUCUUUAGAGGUAGAGGUAUGGACUGCGUACAUCUUACCCCCCAGACCCCACUAGGUGGGAAUACACUGGGUUUGUUGUUGUUGUUGUUGAUUCCAUGUUCAGAUCUUUUCCAUUAUUAUCACUGAUUGAUAAAAUAUCUUGAUGCAGGUGUUGCAGAAAGCAAGUACUAAUUCAACCAUGGAAUGUGGAAAUAGAGAAUUCAGAAGGUGAAUCUUGAUAUCCUUGUGUGUCCUAAUGCCUGGCGACCCUUACAUGCCUCUACCAAAUGAAGAAAUCAUAAGAAGAGUGUCAAAGCAGGUCCACAAAAUGGCUAAAGCAGUGCAGAGGUUUGACAUGAAAAGAGCAUUGAUUGUUCACUCGAAAGGCCUAGAUGAGAUGAGUCCUCUUGGCCCUGGAUUAGUCCUUGACGUCACACCAGACAAUAUUGAGAAGUUCUCCUUUGAUCCAUUGGACUUUGGCAUCCCUCGCUGCACUCUUGAAAGUCUGCAAGGUGGAGGUCCAGAGUACAGUGCGGAGAUGCUCAGACGUGUGCUCUCAGGAGAAAAAGGGUCGAUUGCUAAUGCAUUUGCACUAAAUGCAUCAGCUGCUCUCUUGAUUUGCAAGAGCAGAUGUAAUGAUAUAAUCACAUCUUGGAUUUUAAAUUCACUAUCAAAGAAGAUCGCAAACAGUGUGAUCUACUAAAAAACUUCUAGGGAUCUCUGGAUCAUUUUGGAGUAGAAGUUUGAUCAAUCUAAUGGAGCAAAGCUAUAGCACCUACAACAAGAACAUUACAGGUUAACACAAGGCAAUAAUUGCAUUGCAGACGACCAGUGGCAGUUUGGAAAUUCUAUCUUUAUCUAAGGGCAAAAUAACAAUUGAAGUCAUCAGUGAUAAAAAAGGACUCUAGAGUAUCCAGAUUUGAUUGGUACCACGUGUAUCUGGAUGAGGUGCACACCAUAAAAUCCUGGAAGACUCUCGGUGCACAAGCUGCCUUUACUAUGUCAGCACAUUAAUAAUUUGGAAGACCUUUACAGUCUUCUAUGUUUCUUGCAUGUCGAGCCAUGGUGCAACUGGGCAUGGUGGAGCAAGUUAAUACAGGCCAUAUGAAAAUGGUGAUCAAAGAGCUGUAAAGUUGAUCAAGGCCAUUUUGAGGCCACUGAUGUUGAUUCCUUAAUUUGUGUGUUGGCAAAUCCAAAUGAUAUUCAGAGUCUGCUUCAUAGAGUAACUUUUCUAUUUUUCUGUUGAUAAAACUGAACGUGAACCUGAAAAAUUUUCAAGUGAAAUCUAUUGACUUCUAUAAGAAACUAUGACAUGGUUUCUCC